UGAGGACAGAGAGAGCUCUCUAAACCACUCACGCCCAAAGGGCUGGUGGGAUUCCCCAUUGUUCCUCCUGGCUCACACAAUACCUGCCCCGCCACUAUUACUUACCGAAUCCUUUGAGUGACAAUUUCAUGCCCACAUUUCCGUAGCCAUUUUGGCCCAAGCGGCUCAGGCACCAGAUUGUCUCCAACCUGUAGUGCUUCCCCGCGGAGCUCGACACAGAGCCGAAAUGGGUGACGAUGAUCAAAAGAAGAAGCGCACCUUCAAGAAAUACUCUUUCCGUGGCAUUGACCUCGACAAGCUUUUGGACCUCAGCAACCAGGAACUCAUGGAGCUCUUCCGCGCCCGCCAGCGCCGCAAGUUCAGCCGAGGCAUCAAGCGGAAGCCCAUCGCCCUCCUCAAGAAGCUGCGGAAGGCGAAGCGCGAGACUGCCUACGGCGAGAAGCCAGAGGCCGUCAAGACCCACCUGCGCAACAUGGUGAUCGUGCCCGAGAUGAUCGGGAGUGUGGUGGGCGUCUACAACGGCAAGCAGUACAUCAACGUGGAGGUCAAGCCGGAGGCGAUUGGCCACUACCUGGGGGAGUUCUCCAUCACGUACAAGCCCACGAAGCACGGCCGCGCUGGCAUGGGGGGCAAGAUGAGCUUCAUCCCGCUGAAGUGAUCGCGCGGUGCCGGCACCACCGUCUCGCCUCUGGAUCCAGCGGGCGCAGUCGUGGGCGACAGGGAGAUACCAAGAGAGCCUUACACCACCCCGCUCUGUCCCCAUCACUCUGCUGACGCUGUCCCUCCAAUUCCCCCUGCAGAGGGCGGUUGUGCACCACCCUCCCUGGCCAGGGCCAUCCUGGGCCCCACGAUGGCCGCCAGUGAGAGGCCUCGUGGCCGAGACCGUGAGGUCUUGGGCUCCCACUGGGGGCCCUGGGAUGGCCCUGGCCAGGGACGGUCGUGGUGCACAGCUGCCUUCUGCGUACAUCAACUCCCGUCCCCCCCCCUCACCCUCCCCACCCCGCCCCACCGCUGUCCUUCC